AUGGACGAAGAUUUGUUUGAUGUCUUCGAGGACACUCAAAAAGACGAUACUAUUCCUAGAAAACCCAAAAAAAAUCGUCCCGAUAAAAAGAAAGAGCGAACUAAGAAAAGAGCCACCAGUAACGAGAUCAAGGGCGCUCCAGACAAUAAUGAUGAUGAUGAUGAUAUCCAGAUGACUGGGGUGGACAGCAAGGGCAUGGUUGAAGAGAAUGAAAGCAGUUCUGCGAAUGGAAAUAAAGUGGUAAAAAGGCGCCGCCUAGAUGAAGGUGCUGAGCCAAUCGUUACAGACACAUUUCAAACAGAGUCUUCGAGAAAGGUCGCUGCAUCAGCCGGGCUCUUGGGUAAAGAUGAUGGAACUUUAGUAAUACAACACAACAUUCAACAUCAAGUCUCCCUGCCACCAGGCUACGAAUAUGUCCCCAUAUCACAACAUAAAUCACCCGAGAACCCGGCUCGUACCUGGUCAUUCGAAUUAGAUCCUUUCCAAAAAGUAUCCAUCGCAUCGAUUGAACGCGGAGAAUCAAUUCUAGUCUCGGCGCAUACAAGUGCUGGAAAGACAGUUGUCGCAGAAUACGCGAUCGCACAAAGCUUAAAGAACAACCAGAGGGUCAUCUAUACCAGUCCAAUUAAAGCUCUCAGUAAUCAGAAGUAUCGAGAGUUCCACGCUGAAUUUGCAGAUGUAGGGCUAAUGACCGGAGAUGUCACAAUCAACCCAACUGCAACAUGCCUAGUCAUGACAACUGAGAUUUUAAGGUCUAUGCUAUACAGAGGGUCAGAAAUAAUGAGGGAAGUACAGUGGGUUAUUUUUGAUGAAAUUCACUACAUGAGAGAUAAGGUUAGAGGUGUUGUCUGGGAGGAAACUAUAAUAUUGCUACCCGAUAAGGUUCGAUAUGUUUUCUUGUCAGCCACUAUACCGAAUGCUAUGCAAUUCGCAGAGUGGAUUACCAAAACCCAUCACCAGCCGUGUCACAUUGUAUACACUGAUUUUCGCCCAACUCCACUUCAACACUACUUUUUCCCCGCCGGAGCUGACGGAAUACAUUUGAUUGUAGACGAAAAGGGAAACUUUCGUGAAGACAACUUUCAAAAAGCAAUGUCAUCACUUCAAGAUACUAAAGGCUCAGAUCCAGCAGAUAUCAACGCAAAGAGAAAAGGGCAGGGUAAUAAUAAGAAGACUAACAAGGGAAUAUCCAAGGACGAUAAUGCCGAUAUAUACAAGAUUGUGCGUAUGAUUAUGAUGAAGCACUAUAAUCCUGUGAUCGUCUUUAGCUUCAGCAAAAGAGAAUGCGAAGCGUAUGCGUUAAAGAUGUCCACCAUGGCUUUUAACGAUGAUUCAGAAAAGGCUAUGGUGACAAAGGUGUUUGAAAGUGCUAUCGAGUCUUUAUCGGACGAAGACAAGCAAUUGCCGCAGAUUCAGCACAUCUUACCCCUAUUGCGCCGUGGUAUUGGGGUUCAUCAUUCUGGGUUACUGCCAAUUUUAAAAGAGACUAUUGAGAUUUUAUUUCAAGAGAAUUUAAUUAAGGUUCUUUUUGCCACUGAAACAUUCUCGAUUGGCUUGAACAUGCCGGCAAAAACUGUCGUAUUCACAAGUGUUCAGAAAUUUGAUGGCACUAAAAAUCGAGAUUUGACCCCUUCUGAGUUCGUGCAAAUGUCUGGGCGUGCUGGUCGCAGGGGACUUGAUGAUAGAGGAAUCGUCAUCAUGAUGAUUAGCAACAACAUGGAGCCAGAAGCCUGCAAAGAAAUUGUUCGAGGGACACAAGAUAAUCUUAAUUCAGCAUUUUACCUAGGCUACAACAUGAUUCUCAACUUGAUGCGGGUGGAAGGCAUCUCCCCUGAAUUUAUGUUAGAGCACUGUUUCUAUCAAUUCCAGAACACCUCAGGAAUCUCUAGUUUAGAAAAAGAGUUAGAAGAACUUCAUCUGGCGAAAAGUAGCCUAACAAUUCCUGAUGAAUCAACCGUCAAAGAGUACGUAGAGCUUCGUCAGCAACUUGACGACUAUGGCAAGGACAUUCGAAGCGUUAUAAAUCAUCCAAACUACUGUUUACAAUUUAUGCAGCCGGGACGUAUGGUAUAUAUUAAGUAUGGUGAUCAGGAUUUUGGUUGGGGAGCUGUCGUAAAUUUCAAGCCACGCAGACCACCUAAGGGAGAAGAUGCUAAAUAUCCGCCACAAGAAUCUUAUAUUCUUGAUGUUCUUAUACCAGUGUGCCGGGACUCCUCCGUCAACUCACAGAUUCUAGGUAAAGAUAUGAAACCUUUUAUACAACCGGCCCUCGACGAGAAGGGUAAGACCAUAGAAAUUGUUCCAAUGUUUCUCUCGUGUGUUGACACUAUUGGGCACAUCCGCAUAUUUUUACCAUCGGACCUCACUCAUGCAAGCCAACGCGAGACUGUUGGUAAAUCCAUCGAAGAAGUAAAGCGUCGAUUCCCCGAUGGCAUCGCCAUUCUUGAUCCAAUAGAAAACAUGGGAAUCACUGACAUUUCAUUCAAAAAGCUUCUACGCAAGGUUGAGAUCCUUGAAUCUCGACUAUUAGCAAACCCACUGCAUAACUCUCCUCGUUUAGAAAAUCUUUACAAUCAAUACACGAGCAAGCAGGAAAUUAGCUUGAAAAUUAAAGAGAAAAAGAAGGCAUUCUCAUCUGCCCUAAGUAUUAUUCAACUUGAUGAACUUAAAUCACGCAAACGAGUUCUCCGACGCUUAGGAUUUAUAAAUGAUCAAGAAGUUGUUGAGCUCAAAGGACGUGUUGCAUGCGAAAUCUCCUCUACAGGCGACGGACAUGAGCUCCUUCUUUCCGAACUCUUGUUCAAUAGAUUUUUUAAUGAAAUGACACCCGAAGUAUGUGCAGCUACUUUGUCAUGCUUUAUAUUUGAGGAAAAAAGUCAAAUGGCACAACCACUCAAGCCGGAGUUGAAGGAUCAUUACAGUGCGAUUCAAGCACAAGCAAGAAUAAUUGCAAAGGUCAGCAUGGAAAGUAAGCUGGCAAUCAAUGAAAAAGAAUAUGUAGAUAGUUUCAAGUGGGAAUUAAUCGAUGUAGUUCUAGCGUGGGCUCAAGGCAAAUCUUUUGCUGAGAUCUGUAAAAUGACCGAUGUUUACGAAGGAUCUCUUAUUCGUCUCUUUCGACGUCUCGAGGAAUUACUCCGCCAGAUGGCCGAGGCCGGUAAGGUCAUGGGAUCUGAAGAAUUGUCCAAAAAAUUUGAGGAUUCAUUGGCAAAGAUAAGACGCGAUAUUGUCGCAGCCCAGUCUCUCUAUUUAUAG